AUGAAAGAGGAGAGAGCAAGAGAGAACCUAGUCGAAGCUCCAUCUAGUCGAAGAUCAAAGACCUCCAGUCGAAGCUCUAUCCGGUUGGUCCAGUCGAAGAUCGAAGCUCCAUCAGUCGAUCGAAGCUCCAUCCGAAAUAGUCUUGAUGUUCAAAACAUUCGUGGACAAGGAUAUGAUGGUGCUAGUAAUAUGCGUGGCGAGUGGAAUGGAUUACAGGCUUUAUUUCUAAAUGAAUGUCCCUAUGCAUAUUAUCGUAAUGAUGAACUACAUGAAGCUCAAUCUACUAAAAUUGCACACUUGAUUUCCAUUGAUGAACUUGAGACUGGAAGAGGGGCAACUCAAAUUAGCACUUUGCAACGAGCUGGAGAUACUAGAUGGAGCGCACAUUUUAAAUCAAUAUGUAGUUUAAUAAAGAUGUUUGGGGCAACUUGUAUAGUUCUUAAAAACGUAGUCAAGGAUAGAUCCAUUUAUUCUCAACGUGGGGAUGCCGAUGCAGCGUAUGAUAUGAUUCCAUCCUUUGAGUUUGUUUUUAUUAUGCAUUUAAUUAGGAAAAUUAUGGGUAGAACUGAUAUUCUUUGUCAAGCUUUGCAGCAAAAAACCCAAGACAUCUCAAAUGCUAUGCAUUUAGUUGCAACUACAAAAGCACUUAUUCAAAAGUUGAGAGAAGAUGGUUGGGACAGUCUCGUUGGGGAAGUAAAAUUAUUUUGUGAACGAUAUGAGAUUGAAAUACCUAACAUGAGUGCUCGAUACAGUGCAAGUCGAGGUCCACCUCGUAUUCAACAAAAUCACAUAAUAAUCGAGUAUCACUAUCGAAUAGAUAUCUUUAUUGUUGCAAUCGACUCUCAGUUACAGGAACUAAAUCAUCGGUUUAGUGAGCAUACCCCACUUUUGCUUGCUAUAUCUGUUGCUAUGUAUAUGACUGAUGAUAUUGCCGAGCAUUUUGAACAAAGUUCAAGUUGCAACUUUGAUAAGUUUCUUGGUGGUGUACCAUUCCUGGAGAGACUUAUUGGACAUAUUUACCUCACCAAGGACAUGAAAGAGAUACUGGUGGUUCUUCGUUUGAUUGUGAACUCCCCCUGUUUACAAGAACUUCAAAUCUCGGGUUCUUCAAAUACAUCAACUGCAACAGAAGCUCCUGAUUUGGAUUUUUGGGAGAAAGAAUGCCCGUCUGAUUGCACAUUCAGUCUGCUUGAAACUGUGAAGAUGACAGAUAUGUCUGGUGUGCCACAUGAGAUGGAAUUCAUCAAAUUUUUACUUAGAAACUCACCAAUGCUCGAGACAAUGAGCAUUACACCUAGUGUAUAUGUUACAGAUGGAAGAUUGAAUAUGUUGAUUGAGUUGGUGAGGUUUCGAAGGGCUUCUGCACAAGCUGAUAUCAUCUUCAUAAAAGAUUGAUAUGUAAAAACUGUUUUUCUUUCAUGAAGUCUCUUUGUUUUGUGUUUGUUUUCCUUCUUUUGACAGAUCAUUGGGCUUCCAUUUGUAUUCUUCUUGGCCAAGUUGUUGCAAAUGAUGAAAUAAUAUUAACAAUAAUAUUUACAAUC